CGUGGCCUGUUAACGGCCAUCUUGUGGAUACGCCUAAAGGAGGAAGUCAGAGGAACUGAAUCCCGUAGUGAGGAAGAAGCCGACAUUUUCAAGUCGUUUUUAAGAGGAGGGGACAUAUCGAACAAAAACUCAGUCGUAGCACAUAUCAUAUUACCCUCAAGUGUGAAGUAACAAGCCUGGUUGAUUGUGGGGCUCCAUUCUCUCAAGAUUUGUCCUUUGCCACAUUUCAGCCAUGGGGAAUAUGUUUGCAAAUCUCUUUAAAGGCCUUUUUGGCAAAAAAGAAAUGAGAAUUCUCAUGGUGGGUCUUGAUGCUGCUGGAAAAACAACCAUCCUAUACAAACUGAAGCUUGGAGAAAUCGUUACCACCAUUCCAACUAUAGGUUUUAAUGUUGAAACAGUGGAGUACAAGAACAUCAGUUUUACAGUGUGGGACGUCGGCGGUCAGGAUAAAAUCCGUCCUCUAUGGCGCCAUUAUUUCCAGAACACACAGGGUCUUAUCUUUGUCGUGGACAGCAAUGACAGAGAGCGAGUGAACGAAGCCCGAGAAGAGCUGAUGAGAAUGCUGGCGGAAGACGAACUCCGAGACGCCGUUCUACUAGUCUUUGCAAACAAACAGGAUCUUCCGAACGCGAUGAACGCUGCCGAAAUCACCGACAAGCUGGGACUGCACUCGCUCCGACAAAGACAGUGGUACAUCCAGGCCACCUGUGCUACCAGCGGCGACGGUCUCUAUGAAGGACUGGACUGGCUGUCCAAUCAGCUUCGAAACCAGAAAUAACUUCUCACCGCCCACAACCCCCCCUCCCCAUUUCCCUCCACCUCUGCCUCCUAUUUACUCCUGCUUUAAUCCUCUGUUGCAAACUGUGCUACUUUGUGAUAACUAGUGCUGGAAGCUGCCCUCAUUUCAUUCCUCAUCACAAUAUAUAUAUUAUGAUCCCCACUUUUUUUUCCUUUUUUUAAUUUUAUUUUUUUAAGUGGGGAUAAAGCAAGCCUUGGAACGCUGACAGUUUUCUUAUUUAAUGUAAAUAGUCUUGUUUUUUGGAAUGAGGCAGCUUCUGGCACUCUUAUGCAAUAUUUACUCUGCCUUUCUCCUGUUUUUAUUUUUCUUUUGUACAAGUCGACAGACGUGCGUGUACAGUGAGCGCUACUGGAAAAGAGAUGCACAAAGCUCUGCAGUUUUUUCUCUCCCUUAAAACAAAAAAAAAAAAACUCCCCAGCUGUCACAUCGCACAGUUUCCACCCCUCACCUUGUGUCUGCAGGGAGAAGUUGGCUCAUUUUCCUUGGGUGUAGGUUUUUAACUAGUACUGUACUAGGAAGUGCAUUCUUUCAAUUAAUCAAACACUGUCAAAGAGAUGGGCAUCAGCACAGACCUCAGAAGCAGGACUUGCAACAAUCGCAGUCACAUGUAGUGUAACAGAAUCUGGAUUGUCGGUUACAUUUCGCCAUUUAUUUUUUUUUGGUGUAAGGCCUUGCACUGCCUAGCAUGCAGAUGCUAUAAUGAAGUAGAGAUGGCAGCUUUCCCCUGAAAGGCAGUUCGUCAGGUCACUCAAGAGUGUAUGAAGUAACACAAGUUUCAUCCCUUAGGUACCUAAUUCAAUCAGUCGUUUGCUGUGCCCAGAAAGCAGCUGGUGCAAACCCAGAUUUUGUUGACUGUUGCCAUUGGCCAAGCUUUCUGCUUCACUGGCUUGUCGACACUACUUGCUUCAUUGGAUUGCCUUGCUCUGCUUUUGGUGCGGUCAGAAACUUGAAAGGGGAUGGCGAGGCUUCUACAAGCUUGCAUUGGAAUACUUUGGUUCGGUGCAUCAUUUUAGCCAAUGUCUAAGAAGCAGUUAUGAACACCUGACCAAGUGCAAUGUGGCUAAACGUCCUUGACCUGUCUGAAUCGUCAUUAAGGGGCCAAGUUCUACAGUUUUUCCCCCUGCCACUUUGCACUUUGAAUUAUUUAAAACCUGCAGGCUGUAUCAAAAACUAACCAAAUACAGCAUGCUUGUCGAGGAUUAUACUAAGUACAAGACAUAUUAAUGUGUUGCCAAUUUCUCGCAUGGUUGUACUGUAACAAACAAAUUAAAUCAAUUCACGACCCAUUUGACAGUCAAAAAACUGGUACAUCUGUGCCUGUUCAUAAGUGAAAACAAUUUCAACUCUAUAAGUUAAGAAAGUUGAAAGAUUUUUCUCCAGUCUUAUUUUUACUAUUUUUGUUUUAUUUUUUGUAAAAUGCUUAAAUUACAAGAGCAUUGCGUGGACUCGUUUGUUUGUUGGACUUCCUUCUAAACUUGGCGAAAGAAAGUUGCUUCAGUAAACCAGUCAACUUGCAGUAUGUGCCCAUAAUAUGUAAACAAAGUUAAAACCAUUGGGAAUAUUGGUUCCAGAAUGUUUCUGAUAGGUCACCUGAUGUGCUUUCAGUGUCCUUAUUUUGCUUGGCCCCGUUUCAGCUGCAUUGAAUGACUUUUUGGGAUAGAUCUGCUGUGCGUGGUGCAUCACAGCAAGCUCAACCCUCAACUAAAGUAUCUGGUACAGGUACCACACGUGGAGUUGUAGCAGGCUUUGUCUUGAACUUUGACACAAAGUCCUGGAAGUCCUCAUUGAAGCCCCUUAGUCUGUCGAUAGGGGCACGUUUUUCCUUUUAAUGCCUUUUCUAGUGAUAAUAAAAAAAACAGUAAUGUCUGAUUGGAUUGUGGCAUGGUGUUAGUAUUUGAAAUCUGUAUGAGCUUCAUGUUGUACACAGAUCCAGCAAUGCAAUAUUGCUUUAACCCACAGCAGCUCACCUCGAUCUUGGCUGUGCUCUGCAGUAGAUGCUAGUACUGUCCUCCAGACAGAGAAACAUGCUGUCCAAAGCCUUUUGUUUUCUUGUCAGAAGGAAUGUUCAACGCAUGUUGGCGAGUCAUUCCAUGCUAGUAUUACACCCACAGAAACCAUGGCAAGCUCAUGAAUGCCGCUGUUGCAGAUUUGCCAUUUCUACGUCCACGGGAGUUAGACACGAUUGCCUCUUCUCGACACUGAUGAUUGAGUCUGGGACAAAUACGGUAGUUGAGUUUCUUGGUAGAGUUGGUCUCAAAGUCUGACUCUGAUUGAUUGUUUUAUAAUGUUAUUUCUGUUAAUUUCAUUUCGACAGAAAUUAAGCACUGUAAUUAAAGCUAUUAGAAUAAA